AUGCUUGAGAAUCAGAAAUCAGAACGCGAACAAGAACGGCAUUACGUGGAAAGCGAGAUGCAGAAGUUGAAGCAACAACACCAGAGUCACUUCAAUAUCGAGACAGCGAAGCUGUACAACGAGAACGAGAGGAUCAAGACCUGGUACGAAGAACGAUUACGAAUAAUUCGACAUGAAGAGCAAAAGCGACUUGAGCAGAACUUCAGCAGUCUUAAACAGCAGCUGAGUGAGGAACAAUGGAAAUGGGAAGCUCAACUACGAGAAGUGAAAGAGACCCACGAAGCUAGUAUGCGGAAUUACCAGGCGAGCUUUGAUGAGAAGCUGAAGGAUGAGUACGAAAUACACGCCCAGCAAAUGCAACAACAAGAGGAAAAGCUUGAAAGAAUAGUGCGUGAACACCAAGCAAGCGUUGCUCAAUUCAAGCUCGAGGCGGAGCGCGAAGAACAGCGACUGCAUGACCUACUGCGAACUGAGCAGGCAAAAUUGCAAGAAGAACAAAAGCGACGUGAGAAAGAGCUCAAACGGCAGGAGGCAAAACUGUCCAAGAAGCACACGCAGGAAACAUUCCAGCUCCGCACUGACAAUGAGGAGCUGAAACAAGGAUUAUUUCACAGGCAGCAUUUCAGAGGCUUGAAAGAUCGUGAUUUAGCCAACCUAUUCCGCAGUAUCACAGAUCAAGUACAAGACUUUGCGAACGUAGAGUGGGACGGUACCUUAGACUGGCCAUUUAGCGAGCACCAGCUACUCGACAUCCAUCGCGAGAACACACGAAAACUGAAGAAGCAAAUCGUUCAAAACACUAUCUGGGCCCUGCUGUAUGGUUGGAUCUUCGUCAGUCCUUUCAGAAUCCUAGGUCUAGAAGGAGCAGACUUGGACCGUGAGUGGAUAGACGUCCACACGUCCAAUACUUCCAGUCUCAAGUGGCCCGAAAUACCAGAAGAAAUCGAGAAAAGGCGGUACGAGACGGCCAAGCAAUUCUUGAUCUUUAUAGAACCAUCUGCCCGGCCAUCGGGGGAUGAUAUGCGACUCAAAAAUGGCUACGAAAGAUCCAUUUUGGAAUUACUCGACGCUCUACACUAUGCUCUGGGAAAGGUAGCUAUCCUCAAAGAUAAGCAAGCUAAGAUGCUGGAAAGUCUCGUGCGACUUUGUGCGAAAACCUGGAUGGAGUUUUGUUCGCAGCCUUACAGGUUGAUUGCGAGCUUACCCGAUGGAAGCGGAGAUUUGUUAUCGCAGUCUAAAACGAAAGAGCGCGCUCUUACAUUAGUUCUCAACCCGGAGUUGAAGCGGUAUGGAAAUUCGAAAGGCGAGCACCUUACUAGCGGAGAAGUGAUUCCGGGCUGCCAGGCUGCGAAAGUGUCUUAUUCUGUUCGAUAG